UAUAUAAAAACCCCGAAGAGAAACAUCUCUUCCUCAUUCGGUCCGCGUUGAGCAUCUUCUCGUUCCUUAACCGGCCGUCAAAAGCCAACUAACACUGCUCUAGAGAAAGCAAGCGAGCGAGUGCGUCUCAGUGACAGAGAGAGAGAGAGAGAGAGAGAGGGCCCUUUCUCUCUCCUCCUUUCUUCUCUUCCAUGCCCAAACCCAUCACCGCGGCCGCCGCUGCCGCCGGCUACUCCGCCUCACGCCGGACCACCCGCCUCCAGCCCCGCCGCCGUUUACCCGGCCCGGAAAACGCGAAUGUCACCCCCUUGACCACCCCGUUCCCUUUAUCAGCUGUUCCUUCUCUCUCUUCUCCUACUUCUGAUGGCGCUCUCUCCGGAGCUCCUCUCCGCGUCCUCUAAUCUCUUCUGCGCCGAGGACGCCGAUGAUGUGGCCUCCUGGGACGACGACGGCGCCGCCGACAACGACGGCGAGUGGGCCCUCCCGGUUCACUCCGGCGACCGCCCCGUCGCCGCCCUCCUCGCAGCGGAGCCCGAUCACAUGCCCCGCCCUGACUAUCUCUCCCGUUUGCACGCUCGCUUCCUUGACGCCAUCGGUCGCCAGGACGCUAUCAACUGGAUCCUCAAGGUGAACGAGUUCUACCGCUUCCGCCCGGUGACGGCGUACCUCUCCGUCAACUAUCUCGACCGAUUUCUCUCCUCGAAUAGCCUUCCGGGGCAGGACGGGCAGAGGAGCGGGUGGCCGAUGCAGUUGUUGUCGGUGGCGUGCGUGUCGGUGGCGGCGAAGAUGGAGGAGACGCACGUGCCACUGCUGCUGGACCUCCAGAUCCUGGACCCGCGUUUCGUGUUCGAGCCCCGCACCGUUCGCCGGAUGGAGCUCCUCCUCAUGGCCGCCCUCCGCUGGCGGAUGCGCUCCGUCACACCCUUCGACUUCCUACCCCACCUCGCCACCGCCUUGCUCCCCUCCGCCUCCGCUUCCGCCUCCGCCGCCUCCCUCCUGUCCCGCGCUGCCGAUCUCAUUCUCAGCACCCACCGUGUGGUGGAUUUCUUGGGCUACCGGCCGUCGGCCAUCGCCGCCGCGGCCAUCCUCUGCGCGGCGGACGAGAUCGCCGAUUUCCCGGCCGGCGACGACGGCGAUCCAUCGAGCCGCUUCGACGUGUGGGUCAGCAAGGAUCAGGAGACGGUGAGUGGGUGUCGCCAGCUAAUGGAAGAGUACCUGAUCGACACGUGCCCAUCGGCUGGGCGAGAGAAGCCGCGGAGAGAGCUGCCGAUGCCGCAGAGCCCGGUCGGCGUUUUGGACGCCGCGGCCUGCGGCAGUUGCGACACCCAGAAGUCCGCCGCGCCUCUCACCGAGCUGGCCCGCGCCGAGCCCCUCCCCAAGCGCCGGCGCCUCGCCGAGGGCCGUUGUACAGAGAGUAUAGAUACAGGCGAUGAUGGUAAAAAUCUCUGAAAACAGAGAUUAGAAUCCCUCCCACCACCCCCCCCCCCCCUCCCCACCAACUCCCUCCCCCCUUUCUUUUUGUCUCUUUAGGAGAGAGAAACUGGUAGCUCCUUUUAUGAUAUAUAUUAUAUAUAUAGAAUAUUUUGGAUGCGAGGUUAGCUUAGGGCUCUCAGCCGGAGACUGUUGUGCUGCUCUUUUUGUUCGUAUAUCUAUUUUAUAAAAUAAUUCUUUCGACAAGAGAUUAAGAG